AUGGCAAAUCCGUACGAACAGCGCGAUGACCCCUUCAAGGAACGGCCCUCCGACUCGUCCCGCACGUCGUCCCCUGCACCCACCCGCGCAAGCCCCGCCUCACCAGCGAAGCUACCGCCACACACCACCAUGAUCACACCGUUGACACAGCCGCAGACGGCCUACGCCCCAGGCGCACAGACAAGUCGAUCUGGGCAGCCGCAGGGUUCCACGGGUGGUGCACCGCAGCCGUACAACCCUCAGCCUGCGUUCUACGGCGGAGCAUCUUCCCCGGCCUCACCAACUCCGCCACCGCCUCCUCCGCCAACAUCUCCUGCCACACAGUACGCUGCAGCGUUGCCGUCUCAGCCCGAGCCACAGCAGGAGCUGCUUGCAUCAACGUCGAAGUUUUGGACUAUUGAGUUUUACCAGCAAUUUUUUGAUGUCGAUACUCGUCUUGUGCUGCUGCGUAUGAGCAAUACUAUGGUGCCAAUCAAUCCCCCAGAUUUCUUGAUGGAUCGUGAUUGGCGCAACAGUGCCGCAGAAGUACCCUCGUAUGAGCUGCGGGAAGCAGGUGUCACGCUAUCGCGCAAACCGGAUCUCUACGGCCCAUUUUGGAUCUGUACAACCCUCUGGAUGACACUUGGUAUAGUGAGUAACAUCAUGAGUAAAAUUGCAUUUAGCCACAACACAAGCAACAGUGGAGAGAAAUGGGGAUACGACUUUACAAUGGCAUCCAUAGCGUCCAUUGUUAUCUACCUCUACUGCUUCGGUCUUGGAUGCAUUACUUGGGGGUUGAUGAAAUACAAAGAGCUUCCGGUUGCGUUGUUAGACACGAUCUGCCUCUACGGUUAUAGCAUGUUUAUCUUCCUUCCCGUGACAAUCCUUUGCACGAUUCCUGUCUCUCCACUCCAAUGGAUAGUCGUCAUGGUGGGAGGUGUGUGGUCAACGGCCUUCCUACUCAUCAACUUUUGGCAUCUUUGGAGAGCUACACUGAGCGGUGCAUGGUUUAUGGGAAUCGUGACCUUCGUGGGCGCUUUCCAUAUGUUGCUGACGAUGUCGUUCAAGUUCUACUUCUUGAACUACAAGUUUUAG